GAGGGACAGCUUUUCACUGCAGCGCAGCAGGGCUACACGGCCGAGGUUGAAGCGCUGCUGCAGAUGCCCAUGAACCCGGACGUCGUCCCCUCGAUCGACGGCGAUUCGCCUUCUGCCGGCGAGGAGCGAGCGAUGCGGAGGUAUGUUCGGACGAUGUGUGCAAGUCUGGAUUACACGCUUUUCGAGCCCGAAUGGGGCGAAUCCACAGCGCUGAAUCGGGCAGCAAGAAGGAAUCAUCCAGAAGUCGUGGAGCUGCUCCUGGAAGCGGAGGCGAACGUGAACUUCGUUA